CCAACGCCGCGGCCGACAGACAUGGCAUGCACGUACACCCGUCCAUCCACCCCGUUCGACCCAUUCCGCCCAUCCCAUCCGUUCCUCAGAUACGCUGCUCAAGGCACACACACACACACGCACGUCCGUCCCUCCUCCUCGCAACUCUACGACCUGUCACCCGCCGGGUCCGAGUCUCUGGAACGUGUGGAUGCGCCUACGUAUGUGUGUUGUGUAUGUACGUAUGUAUGUAUGUACGAUAUAAUCAUACUCCCGGCUCCUACCCAUCUCCGAUACCUCCUCCAUGUGUAUACAGGCACACACAUGCAUAUGUAGGUAUGUAUGUACGUCUGUACGUUAUGUGCGUUAUACCUACGCCCACCCACACACACACGGCGAGGGACACACACACACACGCAGAGAGACUCCCACACUUAACAUCCCUACUACAUACAUACCCACAGACACACAUACCUGGGGUCGGGGCUCUCGGUUGGGGGGAACGUCCCUUGGAUUCCGUCAUACCUAUACCUUGCAUACCUAACCUAACCUUCCCUGGCCUGCCUGCCUGUCUGCCUACCUACCUGCCUACCUAGGGCAAGCAGCGCAGGCCGCGGAGCUGAGAGAGAGACAGACUACGCAGUCGGAUAGCGUAGCCGUGGGACGGCGCGCAGAAUAGCCGGUUCUGGAACCGCCUCGCAGUAUCUCGC